UACCUACACCUCCCACAAAAUCUUCAACUCCUGGAGGUAACCUUGGCUGAGACAGCGCCCAAAUCAGACUGUCCAUUGCAACCAGAUCAGGUUCAUGUACUUACUGAUUCACUGAGAAUGAAGAGGAAGGGUAAUGCACAUUUAGGCAGCGGCGAAGGGCAAAGCCCAUCCAAAAAGCCUUCUCUGCCCAUGCAGGGAUGUUCCUCAGCCCCAAAGCCUCAGAUCCGACGGAAUCCACCACGUAGAGCCAGUUUCACAUCUCUAUACACCGUGGGGGACUUGCUGGGAGAGGGAGGGUAUGGAGCUGUCUAUGAGGGAAAACGUAAAGAAGACAGCCAAAAGGUGGCCAUUAAGUUUGUCCCGAAGCACACAAUGGACUGCUAUCUAAAACUCCCUGGAACAUCUAGCAGCCUGCCUGUGGAGGUGGCCCUCAUGCAGAUGGUGAGUGAGCCUCCCACCUGCGAGUAUGUGCUGAAGCUGAUUGAGUGGUUCGAGCAGCCCAAUAAGUUCAUCCUGAUCCUGGAGAGACCGGAUCCGUGCAUGGACCUGUUCGACUACACAGAGCAGCUGGGGGGCAGGAUGGACGAGGGCCUGGCGAGGGAGAUCAUGCAGCAGGUGGUUGUGGCUGUGCUGCACUGCCGUGACCGAGGCGUCCUGCACAGGGACAUCAAGGUUGAGAAUCUACUGUUGAAGACCGACACCCUGAAGGUGAAGCUCAUUGACUUUGGCUGUGGAGAUCUGCUGAAGGACAAAGUCUACAAGGAAUUUGCUGGCACUGCAGAGUUCUACCCACCAGAGUGGGUGCUGGAUGGGAGCUACCAGGGUCGCAAGGCCACUAUCUGGUCCCUGGGAGUACUGCUGUUUAACCUGGUCUGUGGAAAGCUUCCCUUUAAGAAGGAGGAUGAUAUUGUGGCUGGACGCCUGUAUUUCAGACAAGGGCUUUCCAAAUCAAGCAGGGAUCUGAUUCGCUGGUGCUUGACACCGAACCCAACUGACAGACCAGACCUGGAGCAAAUACUUCAACAUGACUGGUUUUCAGAAGUUUAGGUCCCUUAGAAACAUGAAAAGGGUGGUGGAGCGUGGUAGGGGGUUUAGGGGUAGUUGGGGUGCCUGGAAAGAAGAAGGAUUUAGAGUCUUUUAGACAGUCACAUUAUACAAAG